AUGACCGACGACCUUGCCGACACGGUGUCCCAGCACGGUUCCACAGCUCGCGUCCUGUGGCUCUCCAUCGAGUCACAGUUCCUUGGGAACCGUACGACCUGCGCCCUCUACACCGACCAAGAAUUCCGCUCCUUCUCUCAAGAUGACCUCCCUGUUGCCGAGUACUGCCGCCGCUACAAGAAGCUCGAUGAGGAUCUUCGCGAUCUUGGCGAGCCCGUCUCUGACAGGACUCUCGUCCUCAACAUCGUCAGGGGCCACAACGAGCGAUUCCUCGCGCUCGGUCUUCAUCUCCGCCGCACCAAUCCUCUUCCCAGCUUCCUGCAGGUCCGCGAUGACCUGGCUCUCGAGGAACUCACCAUGGCGAAGGCUGCCCCGGCUGCAGCUCUCACUGCCCUCUCCGGGACUGGCGGCCCUGGCGGCUCCAAGCCGCCUACUCCUUCCACAGCCGCCCCGCGCCCUCCACAGCAGCCGUCCCAGCGCCCCCCACAGCAGCAGUCUGGGGGCGGCUCGGGUGGCGGGUCCAGCUCCAGCCAGCCGCAGCAGCGCUAG